GUGGUCUUUGCAAUUGUCUCAGUGACUCCACACAAGAAACUCUCUGAAGCUGUGCUGGGGGAUGCCAUCCUCAAGUUCUAUGAGAUUGAGAAUUUGAUCCCCACAGGUGUGCAAAGAGUUGCCCUAGAACCCUGGUGUGCUAAGAUGGCCUUUGCAAGUCGCAAGCUGGUGCAGAGGUUCAGGCCGCUCUUCUUCGAAACUCCACACAACGCAAAAAAUGAUAUGUUGAAGAAGUUGAAGGCAAGGCUUGUGGAUGCUGGUGUGGUGCCUGACCGUGAUGAAAAACCCAAUCUAAAACGAGAGGCUUCUGCAGAGGAUGUGGAGGCAAUUCAGCCUAAGGGCUUUGACUGGGGUGCUCUUGCUGCAGUUGUUGCAAAACACAAGGCAACUGAAGCUACUGGAAAACAGGUAAUUGCGGCUUGUGUUGCUCGUGGUGGAAUUCCAGAUGAAGAUGCUCCUGGUGAUGAAGCCAGUAUGCGCUUCUGGUGUUCCAUUUCGACCAGUGAGAGCUCAACGGACAGGUCCACCAUGUCUGCACAAGUGCAGGCACAGGUGAGGCCUCAAGAUUUGAUUCCGACCUUGACCAUGGCUCCUGAUGUGUCUGCUCCCUCUGUCAGCCUUCCAGACCCAGUGGGCAUGGUCAGGAACCAGGGCGGUGGAGUGGCAAAGGCAAAACCCAAGCCCAAGAGUGCUCCUUUGUCUCAGAUGGCGCUGGCUGGCAAAACUUUGGACGAGAAGGUGUCCCUUGCUCGUGGUGAGGUGCGGAAAGAGCUUACAGCUCUCAAUGCCUUACAUUUGGACAGCACGGAUUUUGAGCAGAUGCAGUCUCAGCGUGCAGAGAUUGAGAUGCACAUUACUACCAUGAAGGGUGACCAUGCAAGGACUGGUUUUUAA